UGCCAAACCCGCGUACUAGCUUUCGGUUGAGAUGUCUUUGUUUAUAUGCCAUUUCUGUUAAGGUUUCUGUCCUUUUCUGAGAAGAGAAUCUCGAAAAAACUUUUGUAUGAUAUCACAAUUGAUUUCUAUCACGGCCUAAUUUCUGUUUGUGUUUGUAAACCAGCUUGCCUGAAUCCUUUGUGAAGCAAUACAUAUAUAUAUCGGAGAUCUGUAGAGAAGCAAGCUGUCAUGGAAGAAAGAGGAGUAAGAAAACAAGGGGAGAAAAGGUAUUGUGUUACAGGAUCGACAGGAUACAUAGCUUCAUGGCUCGUCAACUCUCUUCUUCGCAGCAAUUGCUAUGUUCAUGCCACUGUUCGAGAUCCUGCUUCUACUUGGCUCCCACAGAAACAGCCUGAUUUUAGUUUUGGUGCAUCAAAAUAUCUGCAUUUAUCAAAAUUGUGGGGUUCCCACGAUCGGUUAAGCAUCUUCCAAGCUGAUUUGCUGGAAGAAGGGAGCUUUGAUGAGGCUGUCAAAGGCUGCAUUGGUGUGUUCCAUGUUGCAGCACCAAUGCAAUUCAGUGUUCUGGAAACAGAAAAUACAGACAGUUAUGUUCAAUCGAAAAUUAUUGAGCCUGCAGUGAAAGGAACUUUAAAUGUUCUUAAAGCUUGCGUGAAAUCAAAAUCAGUAAAGAAGGUUGUUUUCACAUCUUCAAUUAGUACCUUAACUGCCAAGGGCACUGAUGGGAACUGGAAAGUUGUUGUUGAUGAAUCUUGCCAGACUCCCAUUGAUCAUGUCUGGAAUACUAAAGCAAGGGGCUGGGUUUAUGCACUUUUAAAACUUUCAACAGAAAAUGCAGCAUUUCAAUUUGCCUAUGACAAAGGCAUUGAUCUUGUCUCAGUAAUAACAACCACCGUAGCUGGUCCAUUCCUAACUUCAAAUAUCCCUUCAAGCAUUCAAGUUCUCCUAUCACCGUUAACAGGGGAUCCUGAUUUCUUUCCAAUACUAUCUGCUGUAAAUUCAAGAAUGGGGUCAAUUGCUGUAGUCCACAUAGAAGAUGUAUGUAAUGCCCAUAUAUUCUUGAUGGAGCAUAGUAAAUCAGAAGGUCGAUACAUAUGCUGCACACAAAGUUGUGAACUGUCAGAUUUGGUUCAUCGUCUAGCUAAAGUUUAUCCUUGCCCUAAUAUACAAAGGCUGAUGACGGACGAUCAGCAGCCAGCCCCAUGUGAGAUAUCCUCGAAGAAACUGAAAGACUUGGGCUUUAGUUACAAGUUUGAUAUGCAAGACAUAAUGCAUCAAACUGUCGACCUUUGUGUAGAUCAUGGGUUUUUACAACCUAUUUGCAAGUUAGAAAGAACCUUCAGGACCUUUUCAAAAUAAGGCUGUCGUAAAAUUACAAAAUGCUGAUCAGAAACGAUAAUGCAGCUCAUCAAACGUGUAAGGUCAAGUCUUUUAUAUUUUAAGCUCAUCAGGUUUUACAAAUUACCACAAAGCAAGGAAGAAGUGCUCUAUGAUUGAGCAAAUACAGCUCUUCAAUAUUUGAAUAAAGACCAACUUUCCCAGCCAACGAAUCGAAUCCCGACUGUCCAGCUAUUUCUUGUAUGUUCUCCAGGGGUCUAUGUACCCUUCCUGCUACAACUCUGCAAACUAUUAAAGCCUUCCUCAGGGUUAGAUCAUCUUCAUAGACUUCUAUAGACUCAAAUGCUCUCCCACUAGUGGAUGUUGUAAAAACUCCUACACCAUCCUUGAGUUCCUUUUUUGUGGAGAAACCAAUUCGUAUAAUUCGACAAA